GCUCUGAGUGUUUCUUUGGGCUGAUGUGGUGUGCCGCCUGCCGCUGCGCCCAGUCGCAAUGUCAAGCGCGCCGAACAUGUUGGACGAGCUGGAGCAGCAGCUGGAUAAUGUAUCCGCUGCCACGGCCACACUGGAACUGGGCGAGGAGCAGCAGCUUCAUCCGUCGAAGCCGCGCCUGCGCUUCUAUAGCGUUGGCCCCAGCACCUAUCGCGUGCUCUGUCCGCUGUGCCAGCAUCGCUCCCGCUCGGAAACGGUGCAAAUGUCCGGCGCCCUGGGUCAGCUUAGCUGCCUGCUGUCCGCCCUGUCCUGCUGUUUUCCCAUUUUCGCACUGAGCUGCGUCUACUCCUGCCUGCAGAGCCGCCUGAAGAGCAAGCGCGUCUUUUGCAGCAGCUGCGGUGGUCAUUUGGGCUUCCACUGGCGUCCCAUUUAGCUCUGUUACUGUUACUGUUUCCACAUUUCUUUAUUAUUUUUUUUAUUGGCCACAAUUUUCGCAAGUGUUCUAUAAAUAAACGCAGUUCGC